AUGACAAGCGACUCUAUUGCCCUUGCAACUCACGACCCUCUGAUGGUGGUUGAUCCCACUCUCAACGACGAUGGAUAUCCGCCGCAGUUCUGCCCAUUGAUGAAUGAUCUUAACGAGGAUCCCGCUGAAUGCGCUUUGGGCAUCACCAAUGUUGUCGAGACAAGUCCAGGUCAAGGCGUCCUUUACUUCCUCCUGAAUCAUCGCCCAGAUGGGAAUAAUACUCUAGUGGGAGCUGGUGUUGCCACCGUGCAUCUAAAGCAUCAUACAUACCCACCAAGCCCAUCAAUCAAAAGGCUGGGGCAGUACUGGUGGGAUGCUACGACAGAGCCAUGGUAUGGCGACAUAUGUGCCCUUCACUGGAAGGGUCAUGUGUAUGCCUAUGGACAUGGUGGUGCUGACAACCCUUGGGUGUAUCUUGCUCGGGUACGACACGACGAGGCAUCUCUUCUCGAAUGUUACGAGUAUUGGAACGGUCUUGUCUGGCAGAAAGAACGAUUGAACGCGACCUCCCUAGGUGAGGUCGAGAGCGUCUUCUGGCAAAUCAACCAGGGCCAAGUCGUAUGGUCGAAUUAUUUUGGCUGUUUGAUGUUCAUCUACUGUGACAAUUGGAUGAAUUCUAAAGUUCUCAUGAAGACUUCGCAAAAGCCAGAGGGCCCGUGGUCUGAGCCAACGACUCUUUAUCAGGCUACGCCUUUGCAAGAGGGAAGCUCUAUCUAUGCCGCAGUUCCUCACCCAUAUUUUGACGAAUCUGGCAAGACAUUGGUGGUCACCUUUACGAAUCAUCCAAACACGGUGCAGGCUAUCAGGAUAGCCUUCGAUUAG